AUGAUCACCGUGUUUCCGGGACACGCUGGAAAGGAGGAAAGGUCAGAAAAAUGGGAGAAGCUCUCAAGCUCUUCUACAACGGAGAAAACAUCUAAAGAUAUGACAAAGCCAUAG